AUUGCACUGGAAAAUAAACUCAAAAUUUCCAGUAUUUUUCAACCAAGUCCUUACGGACUUCUAAAUUUACCAUCACGAGCAUAUCAACAGCACAGCGAGCUUGGAAAUGGCUACCAAAGCACAGAAGGAUAAACCUCAUACGCCUGCGCCUAAAUUGGUGCCGAGACCUACAGCGGCAUCGAUCGCGCGUGCAGCGCUUAACGCUGCUAACCGCAUGCCUGUACCGCAGCGCGCAGCACCUAUCAAAAAUCCAAGUUCGCCAAAUCCAAAGAGAAAGACUAGCAAUGUUCAACAAAUAGCUGAUUCAAAGGCGGAUAACGAAAUAACAACUAAAGUCCAUGAUUUGGAACAUAUCGAUACGAAAGCUGAUGUAAAUACAAUUGAGGAGAGCACUGACGAGACUCCAAUUCUGAGUGAAGUACCAGUAGAGAACCUUCCAGAACCUGUUGAUGUUGUGUUGCCUUCGGACUGCGGCGAGUCGCUAGCUGAUUCUAUAGACACAACAAGCACGCUGUCAACAAGCCAGCCACGGACUCCAAUGACGAGUCGCCCGCAAACUCCCAUGGGUCCGGGAAGAAUACAAGCUGGAGGCACUCGGCCAAACACCCCUCACAGCACACGGGGCUCGAUCCGGUCCCCCACUCCCGCCAGUCGCCCGACCACGCCUCGGACACCUGCCUCCAAGUCUCAAUCACAGCCCGACCAGUCGCAGCCGUCAUCUGUCCACUUCAAUGAUAUCUCGGAGAUCGAUGAAAAUGAGGUCAUGUCGGCUUACUCGGCGAAGCAAAAACAGUUCCAACAAAUGAAGAAGGAGUUGGAUGUUAAACAACAAGCCGUCCUAGAAGCGUUCGACAACCUGCGCAGCCUACGCGAGCGGCUGCCGCGCGAGAGCGGGCUGGGUAGCGGCGAGGGCGCCACGCAGGAGCUGCUGGUGUUCAACGUGGCCGACUGGCCGGGCGAGGAGCUGGAGCAGCUCUGCCGCGGUGCCGUCGCGGACACUGACGGAGCUCUGCAGCUUAUCGAGUCUUUCUCCGUUGAUGAAUCCAACUUCAAUGAAGUAGAAGGAAAAGUGAUGAAGAUACCAGAACAGUUUACUGAAUUAUGUCUCCAGGCGUUCGCAGCGCGACAAGAACUAAUAGAUUGGGUGAAGGAUCUACUCCUUCAUUCUGAUAACCCACAGGACUGCGGCGAAGGGGAGGCGACGCAACGAAUUGCCAAUUACAACACGAAGGGGCUCCAGCUUUGCGAAACUUUGAAGGAACUUAAAGAACAGGCGGACUGUGCUGUGGAUAGCGUAGCAUACUUUACCAAGAGAAUGUGGAGGGAUCAAAACACCUUAAUUAGUGUAGGGAAAGUGCUAGUCCGAGAUGUGGCGUGCCUUAAACAGAACCUUGAAACGCAAUCAAAUGUCAUCGAGCAAAUGCAGUCGCAGUUAAAUAAUCUACAAAACGGAACUAGUAAUACACAGGAGAUUCAACAAGAAUUGGAGGAGGAAAGAGCAGCGAAAACUGUGCUUAAAGAAAAACUUGCUAUGGCUGAGAAUCUACAUCGGCAGUCUCGCAAUCGGAUUUCCAAAAUGGACCGUCAACUGAGAGAAGCUGAAGCAAGCAUAGCCACUUUAACUAGCACUGUCAAAGUCCUUGAAGAACAGUCCCGACAAAGAGAGAUACAACUGGAAGCACGAGCCAGAAAAAUGAGAGAAACACUAAAAACUGGUGAAGUGGCGAGUGGUCAUUUAGCACAGAAACGAGAUGCUUUACAAGCUGAAGUAACAGAAUUGAAACAGCAGAUUGAAAAACUCACUGCUAACUUUAACUCCAAUAUCAAAGAUUUAGAAAACAAGUUAAAAGAAACUAAGUCUGCGUUGGAGGAACAGAUUUCGUUAAAUCAGAAGAAGGACAUAGAAUUAGCAUCCGCGAGGGAUGCAGCUACAGCAGAGAGCAAGGCUACUGUAGAGCAACUGCUUACCAAAAUAAGGGACCUUGAAAAUAUAGCCGCACACAACCCGGAACAAAAACAGCCCACUUCACGAGAAAUGGAAUUGCUAGCAGAACUGCAAGCAACAAAAGAAUCGCUUCGAUUAGUAGAAGAAGAAGUAAUAGUGUUCAAACAGGAGAAAGUGCGAUUCCUGGAAACGCUUGCAAAAAUUGCUGAGUCAGACGACAAAGUAGGGAUGCAACAAAAAUUGGCAGCGGAACUUCUCAGUAAAGAGGAAAUAAUAGGCAAGCUUCAAGUUCAAAUGAGAGAAUUGACCAAGAAUGAUAAAUUACUUUCUCAGAAAGUUGUUCAAUAUGAGCAGUACGUAAAAGUUUUACAAACAAACCGAUCUGGGGUCACGAAUUUGGAAGAAAGUAACGAAAAUUUUCAAAAAGAGAUCCUAGACUUACGGAUGAAGCUUUUGGAAGAAGUCCACCGCAACGAGGAGCUGACGGAAGCGCUGGCGAAGAAGGACCAACAGCUGGAGCAGCAGGACAAGACGUCACGAGCCCAGGCAAGAGUCAUCAAGGUUCGUGAGGAACUGAUCAACUUGCUAAAGAACAAGGAGAAUGAGCAAACCCGCGAGCUGUUGGCGCUGCAACAGGAUCUCGAAAAUAGAAUGAAAAUAGUUGACGAAGUGAACAAGCAAAUCGCAGCCAAGGCGGUGGAGAUCCAGGAGCUGUUCGCGACGCUGGAGAGCAAGCAGCAGCAGAUCCACCGGCUGGAGAAGAUCGUGCUGAUGCUGGAAGAGCAGCAGCGGCGGUCGCAGGCGCAGCGGACGCGACACGAGGAGAAGAUUGCCGCGCUGGAGCACGAGCUGGCGGAAGGCUGCCGCAGGGAACGAAAGUUCCUGUUCUUCUGAAGGGGUCCAAUUAAGAAUGACAUGAAAGUGCUGAUUUAAAUUAUUGUAGUGACAUUAAAUAUAUUGGUAAUUCGAAAUUAAAGCCUUUUUUGGCUUAAAAAGAAAAUAAAGCACUAUUUGCUAGACAAGUGAAAGAACGCUUUUUAGUGCGUUUUUACGUUGACAUAUAUAAUGAUAAAAUUAAUGGUUUUGUAGUAAAUCAAUGACAAUUUUAUAAAUUAACUAUAACGUGAAAACGAGCUUACGGUUAAAAUCAGUCUUCCCUAAAGAGAUAAAAAUAAAACUGAUUAUUGGAA